CUGAAACAGCACUUCUCUUUCACUGCUGCAUCGUGAUUGACACAACACCGUUAAAUCAUAAGAGGAUUUAUAGUGUGAAGAAAAAAAUAAAAAGGUGGAACAACCAGCAUUAAAGCCAUAACAGCUCUCAGUUUAAGAGGAGUAAAGGAAUGAAAACAGGUUCAGUCCAUUUAGAUGCGGCUGCCCUCUUGUGGUCAGAGAACAGAUUGAGGUGAAACUGAAAGUAUUUGUGGUUUCCGCUCUGGACGCUAAAGUGGAGAGUCGUGUGUGAGAUUAGUGGAGAGUUUAAACUCGGUCUUAUUAUUAUGGAUCUGCUGUUAUAGACAAAAACCUGAUAUGAACUGAUUUAAAAUGUGGACAUAUUUCACCACCAGCAGCGAUAUGACUAUGAAGAACAGCGAAGGAUUGAUGGGACUUUGACCUCUGACCCAGCUGAAAUGAGGAGGCUGGCUGUGUAUUAUGUGGAUUUGUAAUGCAUGGAAGGACUGAAGGUGCAACAGAACUGCUACGAGACCUUUUACAGUUGCGACUGAAGAAGAGGGAGAAGUUGGAUUCUCUGAUUCAAUUCAAGGAAAUUACAGUUCCACAGCUGUUGGCAGGAUGACAGAUUGUAUUAGUGUGAAUCUGUAGGAGGAGAUAAAGAGAUAAAAAUGGCGGCUGCAAGAAACAAUGAGUUUAAACUCUUUGGACCCCGUGAUGGAGAUUAUCAAUCUCCCUCUGUGGUCACUCUCUCCUGUCACCUGUCUCCUGAAAUCAGUGCUGUUUCCAUGGAGAUCAGGUGGUUUAAGGGGACGGACUGUGUUUGUCUCUAUAAGAACAGGCAGGUGACAGAGGGGAGGGGCUACAGGGGCAGAGUGAGUCUGUUCACUCAGGAGCUGCAGAGAGGAAACGUCUCCUUACAGAUCAGAGACUGCAGAUGGUCAGAUAGAGGAGAUUAUUUGUGUCAGGUCACCAAUGGAGACACAACAGAGGAGUGUACAGUAGGAAUGUGGCCACCGUCGUGGGGUUCAGGGACAGAAGCACAGAGAAAGUCUCGAGUUGCGGAAGUCUAUGUUUAUCAGGUGAGCAUGUUAUUCUACAUAGAUCACACUUUUAAAAAAGAUGGUUCUUCAAAGGUUCUUUAGUAAAGUAUAUGGUUCUGUUUAGAACCAAGAACACUCGAUGAACAUUUUGCUGGAUUAAAGGUUUCU